CUUAUAUAACGGUGGAAUUGUCGUCCAGCGGUCACAGUCUGUCUGAUAAGAUAACACUUUAGCUCACAAUGUUCUUCUGGAAGGUCUUUGGAGUUUUCUUGGGUCUGUUAUCAACUUCCACCGGAAGCAUCGAUCCACAAGAAAUCUGUAACCAGCUCUUCGCCCUAGACUGCAACAACUACACACCGAUAGAGACUGACGAGUCGGUAUGUGGCACCGAUAACGUCCAUUACGAUAACUACUGUCUGUUUGGCAAAGCUCGAUGCAUAAAUCCUUCCAUAGAUAUCAAGCAAGUAGGUCAUUGCCACACAAACACAGGUCACCAGACAACCCCUCUCACAACUACCAUCAUCCAUACCUCUGUCACCACCCCUGCCACCACCACCACCACGAUGAGCUUUGAAAUGCAACUUGUAUGUGCUAAUGCCAAUCUCAUCACAUGUACGAACGAAAUCAGCCUUAUUUGCGGAAGUGAUUACAAACUUUACCAAAACAGUUGUAAGUUUACAUUGGCUAUGUGCAGUAUGCCUGGACUCCACAACCUUACGCUAGCCGAUUGUCGCAAUCCUGGCAGACGUGUGGCCCAAUAUAUUAUUAAUUAAUUGAAAACAUCUACCUGCAUUUUA